AUGCUCAGGGAGUACCCACAUCAAGCCAACAAGGGAGGCAUCCUCAAACGCUUUGACAAAAGUGGAAGCUUCAGCACUGCCCAGGACUACUUUGAGAAUGUCUUUCUCAAGAAGCACACGCAACACUGUGUGCUUCUCUUUGGCGGCGACAAGAGCCUUGAGAAGGAGGAUGAAAUCACUGGCAAGAUCCUGGGCAAUGCAACCUACAGUAGGAAGCUUUUGGAGACCACAGCAUCUUGA